CCCCUCGUGACCUCACCUGGGCACACCUGGCUGAGUCACCUGUGCAGUUACCGGAAGUCCCAGGUGUGCAGUGGGCGUGGCCCAGGUAUGCAAAUAACUCCCAGGUGUGCAGUGGGUGUGGCCCAGGUAUGCAAAUGGCUCCCAGGUAUGCAGUGGGUGUGGCCCAGGUAUGCAAAUAACUCCCAGGUGUGCAAUGGGUGUGGCCGAGGUAUGCAAAUAACUCCCAGGUGUGCAGUGGGCGUGGCCCAGGUAUGCAAAUGGCUCCCAGGUGUGCAGCGGGCGUGGCCCAGGUAUGCAAAUAACUCCCAGGUGUGCAGUGGGCGUGGCCCAGGUAUGCAAAUAACUCCCAGGUGUGCAGUGGGCGUGGCCCAGGUAUGCAAAUUGCUCCCAGGUGUGCAAUGGGCGUGGCCCAGGUGUGUGGAUUAUUCCCAUGUGUGCAAUGGGCGUGGCCCAGGUAUGCAAAUUGCUCCCAGGUGUGCUGUGGGUGUGGCCCAGGUAUGCAAAUGGCUCCCAGGUGUGCAGCGGGCGUGGCCCAGGUAUGCAAAUAACUCCCAGGUGUGCAGUGGGCGUGGCCCAGGUAUGCAAAUUGCUCCCAGGUGUGCAAUGGGCGUGGCCCAGGUAUGCAAAUUGCUCCCAGGUGUGCUGUGGGUGUGGCCCGUCUGUGGAUUAUUCCCAGGUGUGCAAUGGGCGUGGCCCAGGUAUACAAAUUGCUCCCAGGUGUGCAGCGGGCGUGGCCCAGGUGUGCAGCGGGCGUGGCCCAGGUGUGCCUGUAGCCCCUCCCACUCCCCCCCUCCCCCCCCCCGAGCAAUAAACGCACCUGGACACACCUGCCGGAGUCACCUGUGCCUUUAUUUGGGGGGAGGGGAUGGGGGGGGAGGGGAAUCGGGUCCAGGUGAGCGGGGAGGGGCCCAGGUGGGCCCCAGGUGUCCAUGGGGGGGGUCCCAGGUGGGUCUCAGGUAUCCAGGUGGGUCUCAGGUGGGUCUCAGGUAUCCAGGUGGGUCCCAGGUGGGUCCAGGUGGGUUCCAGGUGGGUUCUAGGUGGGUCCCAGGUGGGUCCCAGGUGGGUUCCAGGUGGGUCCCAGGUAUCCAGGUGGGUCCCAGGUGGGUUCCAGGUGGGUUCCAGGUGUCCCAGGUGGGUUCCAGGUGGGUCUCAGGUGGGUCUCAGGUGGGUUCCAGGUAUCCAGGUGGGUUCCAGGUGGGUCUCAGGUGGGUUCCAGGUGGGUUCCAGGUGUGUCUCAGGUGGGUCCCAGGUAUCCAGGUGGGUCCCAGGUGUGUGGGGAGGGUCUCAGGUGGGUCUCAGGUGUUCAGGGAGGGUCCCAGGUGGUCCCAGGUGUGUCCAGGUGGGUCUCAGGUGUUCAGGGAGGGUCCCAGGUGGUCCCAGGUGGUCCCAGGUGUGUCCAGGUGGGUCCCAGGUGUUCAGGGAGGGUCCCAGGUGUGUCCAGGUGGGUCUCAGGUGUUCAGGGAGGGUCCCAGGUGCCCAAGGAAGGUCCCAGGUGAGUUCCAGGUGCCCAGAGAGAGUCCAAGGAGGGUCCCAGGUGUGCCCAGGUGUGGCCAGGUGUGCCCAGGUGUGCCCAGGUGUUCCCCUCAGUAG